UCCACUCGACCCACAAGUUAGCCACUCCAUCUUAUCUCUUUCUCCCACUCCCACUGAGACCUAGGCCACCUGCCAUCACCACCGGACCCCCGACUUGCCAGCCGAUUUGCUCGCGCCGCUGCAUACCCACCACCAAUGGUGCCUCCAAAAGCCUCCUUCUACAUGGUGCUUCCCCACGAUCCAUCGCGACCUAGAGCAGGUCAGGCGGCGGCCUUGGCGCGUCCAGAUCCGUGAGCGUCAUCGUCGUCGAACUCUUCUUCUCUGACCCACCGCGCCACUGCCCCGACCAUGUCGCACCCCCGACCCACCGCGCCACUGCCCCGACCGCGCCGCAGCCCCGACCCACCGCGCCACUGCCCCGACUGUGCCGUAGCCCUAACCCACCGCGCCGCCGCCCCGACCCACCGCGUUGCCGCCCCUCCACACCCUACACAGCGAUGUCCGCUACUGGUCCUGGGCACCACCCUUUCAGGAGCAGCGGCACCGUCCUCCCCGUGGAUCUGAAGUUCAUCCUCGUGCUCCUGCUUGGGCCCUUCCCGGGUCCUCGUUCAUUGGCCUUCGAUCUCAUCCCGCCGUGGAUAUCGCGCCUUGGUCUUCUUCUCUUCAGGCAGGUGAGCCCCGAGGUCCCAAUCGAGCCUAGCUGCUCAGGUAUGUUUCCUCGUACUCGGUGACGUACUCAUCCAAGACUAGGAUUUUGGCCUCUAUUCGUAAGUGGCGACUGGCGACCAGCUCUCCAGAUUUUUUGCCAACGCCAGAAACUAGCUGAAUCAUAUACUAGAUCAAACUGCUUGUUGUAUAAGAAUGUGUGGGGAAAGAUCAAGGCAAGGUUACUCGGCUUGCAGGCAAGAGAGAAGGAAGAGAAAAAGCUUAAGGCAAAUCAAAAGGAAGCGGCUAGGCUCCAGGCUCAAGCUGCUUCAGAUGGACCUAAGAAAAGUGACAAGAAACAAAGGAAAAAUGUUGCGAAGGCUGAAAAUCCUGAGGAUAUCAUCGAUCCAGACACCCCUAAUGGGGAGAAGAAAUCACCGGCAAUUCGAAUGGCCAAGCAGUAUAGCCAAAGUAUGGUAUGCCUCAUGGAAGUCUUCAGGAUAUUUUGUGGUAGAUCCUGCUAGCACAAAACCACCCUUUGUCAUGGUUCUGCCACCUUUGAAUGUGACUGGAGCGCUUAAUAUAGGCCAUGCACUUAUGGUUGUUAUAGAGGUAUUCACCGUCAAUGCCUUCACAGACAAGGAUUCGUGCAGGUUGUCUACUGAUUCCCAUUUGCAAGUGGUUGGGUGUGUCAAGUGUUUGUCCUGUGCAGUUGAGGUGUGCACUGGUUACCUUUUCAUCAGGGACAAAUGAAAGAAAGUAGCAAGUCCACAUGUUGAUGUAAGAUGUUCGACUGAUUACAUUUGCUUAACAUGGUUGGCACAUUCUGUUUGUAUGGAAGUUGAUGUCAGCUUGGUGAUCGAAGACUUGGUCUCUUCCAUAAUACUCCCUCCGUCCUAAAAUAACUGUCUCAACUUUAUACUAGCUCUAGUAUAAAGUUGUACUAAGCUUAAGACACUUAUUUUGGGACGGAGGGAGUAUUUUGUAGUACUGAAGUGAACAAACAAUUGGUCUCUUAGGAACUGGCCAUCGUAUAUUGUCGACUUGUCUAUUUUGUUAAGGUUGUAGGUAACAUGAUUGAAGAAAACUUAUGAAUCUUGUAUAUAUGAAUGAAUGCAUUGAUCAAUGGUAUCUUGUGAUGAAUAGGAUAGUGUAAUUGUUUGUA